CUUUUACUUGGCUUCGAGAUUAAGCUUCGAACUUGAACAAUUAUUUAAUUGGCAAAACCGCGUAUUUCUUCAGUUUCGCUUCGUUCUUCAGUUAUUAUAGCCACCUUUUAAUAGUCCCUUUUCGAUUUUGUGAUUCACUAGGGUUUUUUAUAUUGGAUUCGCGGAUUGGGAUUGGUAAAUUCAGCUCUGUUCAAUAGCUUUCUCUUUUGCUGCGUGUCGGUAUUCCGAAGAGGAUUUUGGAAUUUGAAUCUUGAUGGCUGAGGAUAACACCGAUGAACUAGUGAGUCCAGUAACUAGUGUGAAGAAUGACUCCAUGGCUGAGGAUAACACCGAUGAACUUGCGAGUCCAGUAACUAGUGUGAAGAAUGACUCUAUGGCUGAGGAUAACGCUGAUGAACUAGUGAGCCCGGUAACUAGUGUGAAGAAUGACUCUGUGGCUGAGGAUAACACCGAUGAACUAGUGAGUCCAUUAACUAGUGUGAAGAACGACUCUGCUGGAAGUAAGCCAGAUAAAAUCAGCACAAGAAAAUCAAGAUCUUUGAGUAACGGACACAAGGUUCUUCCCUGCUAUCGCAACUCCUCCUCUACUUCAUCUUACAGUGGAGGCAAUACAAGAAGGCAAUCCACUGGGAAGUUGAAUUCUCCUGACAGCGGACAAGAUGUUCUUCCUCAUUAUCUGAGAGCUUCCACUGGUUCUUGCCAUGACUUCUGUAAAUAUGGCAGGAAACACACCUCGGAAGCAAAGCCAUGGCAUCCUGUGUCAAAAAGAAAGAACAAACUUCCUGCUGAUGAGAAGAGUCCUGGAAGGACCUUGGUGGGAGAGGAAAAGAAGGGGACUGUGGUCAAGCAAAAGCCUUCCAAUGCUGCAGGAAGUGUGAUGGGAGAGAAAAAGAAGGUGAAUGGAGUUGAGCAAAAGUCUUUCACUCCUCCAGGGAGUAUGCUGGGAGAGGCAAAGAAGAGGACUGUGGUCAAGCAAACGAUUUCCACUACUUCAGUGAGUACCCUUGGAGAGGCAAAGAAGGGGACUUUGGUCAAGCAAAAGCCUUCCACUCCUCCAGGGAGUGUGCUGGAAGAGGGAAAGAAGAUGAAUGUGGUCAAUGAAAAGCCUUCAGCACCUCAGGAGAGUUUACUUGAAGAUGAAAAGAAGGUGGCUGUGGUUGAGCAAAAGCCUUCUUCUCCUCCAGGAAGCAUGCAGCAGAGAGGGAUAGAUGAGGUGUCUGUGGUCAAUCAAAAUCUUUCCUCUCUUCCGGAGAGUAUGCUGGAAGAGGAAAAGAAGGUGACUGUGGUUGAGCAAAAACCUUCAGCCUCCCUGGAGAGUAUGCUAGGAGAGGAAGAAAAGGUGACUGUGGUUGAGCAAAAGCUUCCCACUCCUCCGGGCAGUAUGCUAGGAGAGGGAAAGAAAGUGACUCUGGUCAAUCAAAAGCCAUCUGCUCCUCCAGGGAGUAUGGUAGGACAGGGAAAGAAGUUGAAUGUGGUCGGUCAAAGGCCUUCUCGCAAGGUUCACUCUCUUGAACCCUCUGAUAUAAUAAAGAAGAAGGCACCGCUUCCACCAAAGAGUGUUCACUCUCCGCAAUCGGAUUCCUCAGGUGACAAGAUGCCAAAGACAGAAAAGAAAAUGAAAGAUGUUUUGGCAAAGCAUUCUCCUGUUGGGCAGAUAAAGCUUAAAAUGGUAAAAUCUUCAUCCAAGAUCUUACGAGGUGUAGAUGCAGGAGGCAGAAAAGACAUUGAUGAUAAUUCUAGAAAACAAGUAAUUGUGUCUAAAGCAUCUGCAAAGAAGUCUUUGAAGACUCCAACUUUUUCAUGUUCUCCAAAAUCUUCCUCUGUUGAACCUUUAGGCUUGAGAGCAAGAAACAAUAAAAGCUUAAAACUGCUGGCUCCUCUGAAGGACCAGAACAAGAUGCGGAAAGAUGGAACCAACAAAAUGAACCUUGAAAAGGUUCCUGAGAAAACCUUGCAUAUUAUCAAGGUGAAAGCAUCACCGAAGUCUACCUCCCAGUCACGAUCUCGUUCGCUGUCUAAUGAAGAAGAUAAAAAAGUUAAGUCUGCAGACAGUGCAUCAGGUAAAUACAACUCUAGCAGCAAAAGGCUAUUACGCACAGCAGAAGCAGAAACUGUUGGGAAAAAUCCGAAAAAGACAUUGAAAAAAGGCAAGGCAGGUGUUUCUAAUGAUUACAAUCCUUCAGUGGUGAAACUGAAAUUCAGGAGGGGUAAGGUAGUUGAUCUCCAGCAAGAAACCGGCAGCCCUAGGAGGCUGACAUUUAGAUGGGGACGACAUAUGGGGGAAAGCCAGGACAGCAAUAUGAGAAGGAGAAUCUUUAAAAAGAAAGGAGUUGAUGGCGACAAAAGUAGUACAAUCCACAACUCUGGAAGAAUUGUUUUGAGGCAUCAGGAUGUGCAGGAAAAGAAAGAUGUGCAGGGUUUGUUGAAUAAUGUGAUUGAAGAGACGGCGAGUAAGCUUGUUGAAACCAGGAAGAGCAAGGUUAAAGCUUUGGUGGGAGCUUUUGAGACGGUAAUUUCCCUCCAAGAUAAACCUUCUACAGUCACAGUUUCUUGAUUAACAAACAGAAUUUUAUAACACAUAGGAACAAUUGCAAAUAUAGUGGAUGAUAGAAUUUUUUCUGACCUGGUUUGAGUCAGUUUGUCCUGAUUCUCAUUCUGACUCAUCUUCUUAACAUUCUCUUGAUGGGUUGCCAAAUCUGUUCUUCAUGAUUGAAUAAAUUCAGUUUUUCUGGAGGCAUGUACCUUGAGUUGGGAGAUAAAAUCAAGCAAGAUUAUGAUUUCUUUUUCGCUUUUUGGAGGUUCUGGUAUUGAUGUUAAAUGUGUGGAUGUUUGGAUAUACUAUAUGUCGAUGUUGGGCUUGCUGCUCAUUGAACAUAUAUUGCUGUUGGACUCAUUUUACAUGGGAUUUGUUUAUACUUUCUGUCGAAUAAGCACAUUGAAGAAGACAGAGCAUGUGAAGAUACUAUACAAAAGAUAGUUUUGGCUGUGGUACUGGUUUGACGUUGGGCUUGUAUACUGUUUGCUGUAGCCGUUUUGGAAGGCAUCAUCUCUCGACUGCAAAAUAUACUGUUGAUUUUAAUCCUGCAAUUUCUUCUUUUCACAUCAGUAUUCAUGCUUGAAUUAUCUAGUAGGCAUAUGGCUAGAUAGAAGUGACUGCACUUCUUGGAUAUGAAACUAACACUGAAUUGGUUAACAUGUCACUUCAAAUGGAUGUAUAUACUUCUUGUUAGCAAGCAAAUGAGUUUUGACCGUGGAUGUGAAACUGCAUUCCUGAUAAUUUCAAGCUUAGAAUUUUCAAUAGAAUGUUAUUCUAACGAA